UCUCCUGCCCCCAGGAGCCCCAUGGUGACGGGCACCUCGGUACUGGGCGUGCGGUUCGACGGUGGCGUGGUGGUGGCGGCCGACACGCUGGGCUCCUACGGGUCGCUUGCCCGCUUUCGCAACAUUUCGCGCAUCAUGAAGGUGAACGACAACACAGUGCUGGGGGCGUCUGGAGACUAUGCCGACUUCCAGUACCUCAAGCAGGUCAUCGACCAGAUGGUAAUCGAUGAGGAACUGCUGGGUGAUGGGCACAGCUACAGUCCAAAGGCCAUUCACUCCUGGCUGACCCGAGCCAUGUACAGCCGGCGAUGCAAGAUGAACCCACUCUGGAACACCAUUGUUAUUGGAGGCUUCUACAACGGCGAGAGUUUCCUAGGUUAUGUGGACAUGCUGGGUGUUGCCUAUGAAGCCCCGACGCUGGCGACAGGGUAUGGAGCUUAUCUAGCUCAGCCACUGAUGAGGGAAACUCUGGAGAAGAAACCCAUCCUGACGAAGGAGGAGGCACAGGACCUGAUUGAGCGCUGCAUGAAAAUCCUCUACUACCGGGAUGCCCGGUCAUUCAAUCGAUUUCAAAUUGCUGUCGUAACAGAGAAAGGAGUGGAAGUUGAAGAACCUCGCUCCCUUGAAACCAACUGGGAAAUAGCACAUCUCAUCCGGUAA